UCAUCAACGGCAAUUAUCAAUCGCAAGCCCACCUUAUCACCUUAUUAUCCUGCAGAUCAGGGACGCUGGCUUGCAUAGCUGGAUCAAAGCGACGUGAAGAUGCCAGCAAACAAGUUGUUCCUUUGACCGGCCCCGUUAAACUGGCCUCUGGGAGGGCUUUCAACUUAGUUGCGCGUCGUCUUGCUGAAUGGAAUAUGGAAGACGGCGUGCGGUCCAAAAAUUCUUUAGCAGUGGACGGAGAAGGUGUUUUUUUCCGAUUUGGAGGCAGAAAAAGCGUGCCUGUUCUAAAUGGCUUGGACAUAUCAGUGGAGAAAGGAAUUAUAUAUGGUCUCUUGGGACCUAGCGGCUGUGGAAAAACAACCCUGCUGAGAUGCAUUGUAGGAAGGCACCAACCGAGCAGUGGUACCAUUAAAAUCUUCGGUAAAUCUCCAGGUCAUGAUGACUGCACGGUUCCAGGGCCCGGUGUUGGAUUUAUGCCUCAGGAAUUAGCACUGUAUCCGGAAAUAACGAUGAAAGAGACCCUAACUUAUUUUGGAAGACUCUACCAAAUGGACCGAUCGGCUAUUAAGGAAAGAAUCUCAUUUUUAACAAGCUUUCUGGAUAUACCAGACAAGAAUAAGUUAAUUAAACAUCUCAGUGGUGGGCAACAAAGACGAGUAUCGUUUGCUGUUGCUCUCAUACAUAAACCUCCACUUCUCAUGCUAGAUGAACCCACUGUGGGAGUAGAUCCACUUCUUCGAAGAAGUAUUUGGAAACAUUUGCAGAAAUUGGCAUCGACAGAUUCCAUCACCAUCAUCAUCACUACACAUUACGUCGAGGAGGCUCGGCAAGCCCAUGUUGUGGGAUUGAUGAGAGACGGUCGUUUACUGGCUGAAACAAAUCCUGAAGUCCUGAUUGACCAAUAUAAUGCAUUAACUCUUGAAGAUGUGUUCUUAAAAUUAUGUGUGAAAGACAGUGAAGCUAUAGAGGCUGCUUCAGCUGACGAGCUGAACAACUUUGAUGAAGAACCAGUGUGGGUUAAAAGAAAGCCUCACCAUACAAAGUACAACGCAGUAACCUCAAUAAACGGGUAUGAACAAUAUGAAACAGUUCUUUUGAACAAUUCAAGGAAGCCAGUGAUUGAUAUUUCAAGAAAAAAUGAUUGCGCAAGCUAUUUAAACAACGUCUGGCACAGAAUGAGAGCUCUCAACCACAAAAACUUCGUUCGACUGAAAAGAAAUAUACCGCUUGUAUUCUUUCAAGUAUUUGUACCUGUUUUCCAAGUGAUCGUCUUCUGUCUAUGUGUUGGAGGUGAACCCUUCGAUAUUCCCAUGGCCAUCGUCAAUCAAGAAACUGAUCCAUCUGGGAAAAGCAAUGCGUUCCUUCAGACAAUCAGUUCUACAACUUUUAUUCAGAACAAUUUUACAAAUUUGAGCUUAGCCCUUGAGUCCGUUGAAAGAGGAGAAAACUGGGGAGUUCUUUAUAUACCUGAAACAUUUACAGACAGCAUGAUCAACAGGUAUUUGGAAGGAAUUGCUGUAGAUAAUGAGACGAUCCAGAACAGCACAAUUAAAAUGUAUCUUGACAUGACGAAUCAACAAGUCAUUGCUACCAUUCAGUCAAAAAUUAUGGGAAGCUUUCUGACCUUUGCUCGCCAAACCUUGAACAGCUUUAGCUGGAAUCCUGAUAUCGCAUUACCUCCAAUUGUGCUAGGAAAGCCAGUAUAUGGAACCAUCCAUCCUGAUUUCACUGAAUUUAUGGCUCCAGGUAUGAUAUUAGGCAUUACUUACAUUAUGGCAGUAGGUCUGAGUGCCAUGGCUGUUAUCAUCGAAAAGAAAGAAGGAUUACUAGACAGAUCGUGGUUUGCUGGCGUACGCUCUUGGGAAGUGAUGUUUUCCAUGCUCUUUAGUUUGUUCGUCACCAUGCUGCUACAGGUUGUCCUGGUCCUGGUCUUAACCUUCAAAGCUUUCAGCAUCCCAUGCAGGGGUCCUCUCAUCUGGGUGGUGAUAGCAGUAUUGCUUACUGGUUUAGAAGGAAUGUCUUAUGGUCUUUUUAUAUCAUCCAUUGUAAAUGAUGAAAAUAUCGCAAUGAUGAUUGCAAUGGGGUCGUUUUAUCCAAAUCUACUACUUAGUGGUAUUAUAUGGCCGGUGGAGGCUAUGCCUUACUACUUGAGGCAGUUUAGUUAUUGCCUACCCUUGACUUUAAUAGCUAACAGCAUGAGAUCUAUCUUAUCCAGAGGAUGGACGAUUACAGAUCAUGGCAUCUGGGAUGGAUUUCUGGUGUGCCUCGCUUGGAUAUUCCCCGUCAUUUUGAUAGCGAGUCUGUUCUUCAGGUACAAGAAGUGACCAUGUUUUUCCUGAAUUCUUCAGGGAAGAAAAAAUGCUGUGAUUUAACCCAUGACAUCCAAAGACUCUGUGAUGUGAGAUUUCAUCUCCGUUCAAAGAAAAAAAAAUUAGAAAUGUAAAAAAAGGAGGAAUCUCCGAAUUUGAUGUAUAUUUUGAUAUUUUAGUUAAAAUAAUGAAACUUGA